ACACCGACUCGGACACGCCAACGCCUUCGGUCGAAGCAAAGCAACAUCCGUCCAUAAUAAAAGCGGAAGCUUUGCUCUCACGGAUACACCUUCUCCUCCCAUCCAAAUUCCAAAGAAGCAAAAAGGCGGAGCAGAGCAAGACCAAAGCGGCCAGUCUCUUGCAAGCCUCGCCGCCGUCGCCGCCGGCUGAUCAGCUCCGGUGCGUGCGGGAUGGGCAGCGGGAGGCCGGCUGCGUGGCGGACGUGCGCGGCGGCGGCGGCGGCUGCGUGCGCCGUGCCGGUGGCCUUGUCACUGGUGCUGCUCUGGCUGCCCCUGCUUUGCUGCGCCGUGGCCGUGGUCCGGUUCCGGCGGGCGAGGAGGAGGAUGAUGCAGAUGUGCGGCGGCAGCACAAGAGGCGGCGGGCGAUUUGGGGCGGUUGACGCCGGCGAUCGGCUGGGGCUGCUGCAGAAGUACCUCGAGGAUCAGCUGGAGCUCGUCGGCGCGGAGGCAGGGGGGCUCCUCCGCGACCUCAGACAAGAACAGUGCAGCGGCUGACGGUCGCGUUUUCCUUGUUCUUUUUGGAGGUCUGUAGGAUGGCUAAUGUGAUACAGUACGAGUUUGGGAGAGGCCGAGACGAUUUUGGUCGUGUUUUGUUCUUGGUGAAAUGGAACAUCGAGAAAUUAGGGACUACUACUUUUGUUUUUGCGAAAUUAGAGGAAUUAGAGACUGCUGCUAGUAUUUCUUGUCACCGUGAUUAACAAGAUGGGAAAGAAAGAGAUCGGCUACUAAA